UGUAGUCAAUAGAACACCAAGCACCAAAAAGGCAACCUCUUCCUCCAGAGAAGAGUAGAUGAGAAGUGUUUGGAUGGACAAGCUCCUCCUUGCUCUCGCUGUCACCGGUGCCCUCUUCAUGUCCAAUGGGGUUGGCGUCGCCGCCACACCACAAACGACAUGCAAGGCAGCGGCCAACAUUGACAAGCGCGUCAACUAUGAUUUCUGUGUGUCGCAGCUGCUAGAUCACCACGAGAGCAGCGAGGCCGACACAUGGGGCCUCGCCAAGAUCGCCGCCUUGAUGGGAGCCAACAACGCCGCUCAUGCCAAGGCCGACAUCGACGCCUUGCUAGCAAAGCCGGGCACCGGAGACCAGAUGAAGCGUUUGCUAGGGCAGUGCAAGGGCUUGUAUGAUCGCACGUUCAUGACGUUCGUCUACGCGCAUGAGGAGCUUAAGAAGCGCAGAUACGCCUCGGGCAAAGAGAAGGCGGCGGAGACUGUGGCGCUGGUGCACCAGUGUGAUGAGGCCUUCGUGGAAGCUCGAGUCCGCUCGCCGCUCACCAAGCAAAGUGCGGACUCCGUGCAGCUGGCCAUCAUCUGCACGGCCAUCACCAACCUCAUCAAGUGAAAUGAAAUUCUCUAGGACUUUUUUUCUUCAGUUGCUAGUAGAGCUGCCAUGGAGCAGCCGAUUGAAUAAAGCGCCUUUCCUGAGCUGUCAUCACAA